AUGUCGUUAUCCCGAUUGGCGACCGAACCGCGUUCCCUUAUAAGGUAAGAGCCUCCCGCGGCGGGGGCGGGGGCGGGCAGGUAGGCGGGGGCGAUGGAGGAGGAGGAGGGGGCGGGGCCAACGGCCUGAGGGGAAAAACCCGAGGCGCUGCGGUGGGUGUGUAACACGAUUUAGGCCGCAGUCCAAUACGCCUGCUUGGUGUGAGUCCCGUUGAACUUCAGUUUAAAGAAAAGCAAACCCACGGGGACAGUUCUCCUUUCAUGGGAUCGGAAGGGAUCCUGAGGAUCAUAUAGUCCAACCCCCUGCAAUGCAGGAAUAAGGCAGCGCCGGUCCCAUACGGGGCUCGAACCUGCGACCUUGGGGUUAUCGGCAUAGCUGUCAACUUUCAGAUUUGAAAAUAAGGGAUCAGCAGCCUUGAAAAUAAGGGAUCAGCAGGCUCAACUGUCCCAGGGAGCCUCGAAAAUAAGGGAUCAGCAGGCUCAACUGUCCCAGGGAACCUCAAAAAUAAGGGAUCAGCAGCCUUGAAAAUACGGGAUCAGCAGCCUCACCCGUCCCGGGGAGCCUAGAAAAUAAGGGAUCAGCAGCCUCACCUGUCCCGAGGACAGUCUAUGGGAUAUCUAACAAUCUGGGAUAGCAGCGGGAAGCAGCGGGCAACGGCGCUGGAAUAAGGGAAUUCCCCGCAAAAAAAGGGAAGGUUGACAGCUAUGGUUAUCGGCAGCCCGCUCCAAACCAACUGGAGCUGUGAGUCACAGAACAGUCCUCAGUCUAGGCCUUGGGGGCCCUUCGCAAUACGGUUUGUAUAAAAUCGUAGAAUUUCGGAGUCGGAAGGAACCCCCAAAGGCCAUCUAGUCCAACCCCCUUCAAUGCAGGAAUCUUUCGACGCGGGGCUCAAACCCACAACCCUGAGAUGAAGGGUCUCGUGCUCUACCUGACUAGGCUACUAUCACGCUGGAAGAGAGAUUUCUGCUCUCAUGCAGCAGAGUUAAGCGCGACUGCGGUUGCUCCAAUCGCAUUAAAAAUGUCAAAUUGGAAGGGACCCCAUCUGGUCCACAUUUUGCUCAGUGUGUGGGGCUUGAGUCUGCAACCCUGAGAUUUAAGAGUCUUACGCUCUGCCAACUAAACUAGUGAAGAAGCAGGCAUGCGGGUUCCAACAAUUAUAUAUGCUUGUAUGAUUCUGAACUCCCCGAAGACUGGCAGAGCCUACAGAAAACACCUUGCUUGCUCUGUUCGGAAAAAUGUUUUGUUUGGCUAUUGUAUGCACUUUACAAGUUACCUGCCGCCAAGCAACUGGGUUUUUGAAAGACUUAACAAUGAUACCAAGGCCAGUGCAGCGUAGCAUAACAAAUCAAGCUGGAAUUGUGUCACAAGCAUAAAGCAAGAACUAUGUGCAGACAUCCCUGCUGUGGUCUAUACAUCAAGUCUCACACAUGCAGCACUAGUUCAGUUUGCCGCCUGUUAUCUGACAAAACGGGUUCUGGGCCACAAGAGUUUAUGCCACAAUUUAUUACUUCAUAAGGUACCCCAAGACUCUUGGUUAUAUGUGGAGUGUAUUGUCAAGUAAUCACUCCACAGUAGUCUCCCAGGACAGACGGAUGCCAACCAUGCAUGUAGAAGACAUACUAGAAAACAUACCCAUUUCACAGAUGGGAUCACUAAGGCAGACUUGGGACAUAUCACUGGCUUGGAUCAUUUUGAGUGCUCUGCAUGUGUUCUGAAUUCUCUACCAUAGAUACUCACUUAUUCACCUUUAGCGAAUAGCUAUAGUACAGGGAAUACAGAACACAUGCAGAGCUUUGAAACUAAUCCAAGCCUAUGGCAGGAACGGCACAAUCUGCAUUAUAUAGUCAAGGUUUUAAACUUUUACCAAAUAUUUUUCGGUUGCACACUUCUCCCAGCCACUACAAACACUUUUUAAAAAAAGAAAUGGGAAGGCAGCGGUACCCCAAGCAGUAGGGCUGAUUAUUUUUCACUCUGAUGGUAAACUUAGUACAAAGUGCCCCCUCCUCUCCUCAGCUUCUUAUAUUUGCCUUAUGCAAGGCAGAUUUGGCUUUGACACAAAGUAUACACUUGGCAGGGAGCUGCUACCAAUCCUGACUGUGGUGCGAGUACCUGUCUGACAUAGAUGUCAGAAAACACAUCCCCUCCCCUCCCAAAGAAUUAUGGGUACCGUAGUUUUGUCAAGAGUUGCUGGGAUUUGUACCUCUGAGGGAUGAACUGCAGUACCCAGAAUUCUUUUGAAUGUGUUUCAAAUUGGCUUUAAAGCUAUAGUGUGUAUGCAACCUUACAGAUAAAAAUGGGUAAUGUGAGAAGAACAUCCAUAUUCUAGCAUUUGUUAAAGUUGUUAUUGUCUAUUACAACAUUGUAACAAAAUAAUAUAAAUACUUUUUUUAAAAUGCAAAUAAUACCUACUGAUACAUGGGCCCCUAUAUUCUCGGACUUCGUUAUUUUAACCCAUGUGCAACUAUACUCAUUCCAUGGGCCUAUUUUAUAGUUUUGUUUUUCAUCUUUUUAUUUUUUAUUCAUUGUUCUUUCUUUUAUUAUAUACAUUGUAAAAUGAAAUUUAAAAAACUCUAUGGAAAAAAGAUACAUGAACCUCAGUUGUAUACUGUGUUUACUUUACUCCCCUUUUUGCUUAUUGUCUCAAAUCACUAAAGAUUUUUUUUUAAAAAAAUAUGAAUGCUAGAAGAAAACAAGUAACCUUGAUGGAUCAAGGUAGAGAUUCAUCCAGCAUGCUCUUUUCAACAGUGAGCCCCAGAAUGUUCCUGGGAAUUUACCUUUUGUAUUUGCGUCAUUAUAUGGCAUAAAGACAAAUUAGCAACAGCAAAAAUGUUUCAAAUAAUGUUUUUUGUUUGCUUACUUUAUAGAUGUAUUCCUUCAGAACAUAAAAAUGGAGUUGGGGAAAGGAAAAUUGCUGAGAACUGGCCUCAAUGCCUUAUACCAGGCCAUACAUCCUGUGCAUGGGAUUGCUUGGACUGA